AGGGAAUGGUGGAGACGGUGAGGUGGUGAGGUAGUGAGGUGAAAAGGUGGGAAGGCGGAGAUGCCAUCUCCCGAAAUGAAGUCGCGGGCGGUGGAGACCCAGCUUCUCCUGCUGCUGUUGGUUCUCGGAGCGGCCCAGUCGGCGCUCGGGGCUCCGCACCUCUACACUCCGGACUGGCCGAGUCUGGACUCCCGGCCACUGCCGGAUUGGUUCGACAAAGCCAAGUUCGGGGUGUUUGUGCACUGGGGCGUGUUCUCGGUGCCGGCCUGGGGCAGCGAGUGGUUCUGGUGGCACUGGGAGGGUGAGGGAUCGUUGCAGUACCAGCUUUUCAUGAAAGACAACUACCCUCCAGGCUUCAGUUACGCUGACUUCGGGCCGCAGUUCACUGCGCGCUUCUUCGACCCAGACGACUGGGCCGACCUCUUCCAGGCUGCCGGGGCCAAGUAUGUAGUCCUGACAGCAAAGCAUCACGAAGGCUUCACAAACUGGCCAAGUCCUGUGUCUUGGAACUGGAACUCUAAGGAUGUGGGGCCCCACCGAGAUUUGGUUGGUGAGCUGGGAACCGCCAUCCGGAAGAGGAACAUGCGCUACGGCCUCUAUCACUCGCUCUUCGAAUGGUUCCAUCCACUCUACCUACUCGAUAAGAAAAACGGCUUCAAAACACAGUAUUUUGUCACUGCAAAAACAAUGCCAGAGCUAUACGACCUUGUUAACAGGUAUAAACCCGACCUGAUCUGGUCCGAUGGAGACUGGGAAGGUCCCGACACCUACUGGAACUCUACAGGUUUUCUGGCCUGGCUCUACAAUGACAGCCCAGUCAAGGAUGAGGUGGUAGUGAAUGACCGGUGGGGUUUUAACUGCUCCUGUCACCACGGAGGAUACUACAACUGCGAGGAUAAGUUCCAGCCGUCGAGUGUGCCGGACCACAAGUGGGAGAUGUGCACCUCCAUCGACAGGAGGUCCUGGGGCUACCGUCGCACCAUGUCAAUAGCCGACACCUCCAGCGAAUCUGAAAUCAUCUCGGAACUGGUUCAGACAGUGAGUUUGGGAGGAAACUAUCUUCUCAACAUUGGGCCGACUAAAGACGGACUGAUUGUUCCCAUCUUCCAAGAAAGGCUCCUUGCCGUAGGGAAGUGGCUGCGCAUCAACGGGGAGGCUAUCUAUUCCUCUAAACCGUGGAGGGUUCAGCUGGAAAAGAACGAAUCUGUAUGGUACACCUCAGAAGGAGAAGCUGUUUAUGCCAUUUUCCUGAAAUGGCCAGAAAAUGGAGUCUUAAGUCUUAAAUCCCCCCAAACUACCUCCAGUACCCAGAUAAUUAUGCUGGGAAUCCAAAAAGAUCUGAAGUGGUCCAAAAAUCCCCAUGAAGAUCUCCUCAUUUAUCUGCCCCAGUUACCACCCUCUGCUCUCCCGGUGGAGUUUGCUUGGACCAUAAAGAUGACGGGAGUGGAGUGAUCAUUGGAGUUCAAGAGGAAAGGGACACCAUCUGUUGUACACUGUUUUGAUUUUCUUCUUACAGUACCAUCGUUGCAAUAAACUCCUCUUUCCUACCCAG